AUGCCGUCAGACUUCAACAAUGUGGAAAGGGAGUUGCGUGACAUCGAGGAGACCUUCGCCACCGGUCGCAUGAAUGCCUUCGGCUCCGCCUCCACGCAAGACGCCUUCGUGCACGAGCUGAAGAGAAUCGCUGAAAUCGAAACACAAGUGUUCUACCGCACCUGCGCGCUCCUCAAGUCGAGCAGCACGAACGAGCACACACUGGUUACAAACCUGUAUGCCAGCGCGCAGCCGCCGCCGCAGUCGCAGCGCUCCGGCCCUGCAGCGAUGUCAACCAGCAGCAACCCCGGUAACGGCAGCUUCUGUGCAAACAGCAGCGGCCCGGUGAGCCCUCUGCACCGCGGCUCGAUGAGCCAGCGCAGCUACACGCCGCUCGCACCUGCCGUGGCGGGAGGCCUUAGUGGCAAGUCUAUGCCCAACAGCAACGCAUACUCGCCAGGUGCAAGUCGGCGGCAGUCCCGCCAGGGUUGGGAGAGUUUCACUGCCUACCCUUUCUCUGGCGUCAGCGACGGUGGCGUCUCGCCUGGCGCGGCGCCUCCCAUUCAUCAAGGUGAGUGGGGCAAUGAGGACGGCUUUGCUGACAAGGCCUUUGAGGAUGUGGCGGCCCACUUUGAAGAGCUUGAGUCGCAGUUCUUCUCCCUCGGUGAUUACCUCCGCGAUAUCUCGAAGCACGUCAUUCGGCUGAACGACAUGUCCAAGCAGGUAAACAACGGCGUGAACUUCCCCUCCAACGGUAGUGUUACCGGUGUCUCCACCGCUGCGGCGAAUGCGAACGAAGGCAGCAACAACAUAGACAUGUCGCAGGUUUUGGGAAGCGCGGGGCAGCAGGACUAG